AUGACAGCAACACCACAUUUUUUAUAUGCAACAAUGACAAAAUUACAUCAUGCAACAGCUGCAACAAAUUUGCAUCCGAAUUCAACAUCAAUUUCAUCUAAAGAAUUAUCAAUAUCAUCACCGGUACAAGAUCAUGAUUCGGAUUUAUGCGUAGAACAGCAAGUUACAGAAAUGCAAAACUCUCCGUUAACAUGUCGAUCGUUAUCCUCAUCAGGACAUGAUGAUUCGGUAUCGAUUAAGAUAUCAUCAUCAAAUUGUCGCAUGAUGACAAAUGAUUGUUACAGUAGUGAUAGUCAUCUUAGUGGUACCAAUAAUGCUCAUAUUAACAAUGCGAAACGACGGAGGAAACCAGAUGGUAACUUUUUCUUUUCUUUUUAA